AAUCAUUCUAAUAAUUUUAUGCUUGAAAAUAAUAAUCAUUCUGAAAAUGAAAACAAUGAAAUUGAUAGAAAUAAUUAUAGGGAUAAAGAAAAUGAAGAAAAAGAAAAAAUUAAAAAAAAUGGUCACUUAAUAUCUAAUAAAAAAAGAACGAAAAUUAUUGAUGAUUCUAUUGAUAUUUCAUUAAAAAAAAAAAGAAAAUUAGAUAAAAAUUUAUAUAAACCACCAACAGUAGAAGAACUAAAUCAACUUAGAGAAACAGAAAAUUUAUUUCAUUCCAACUUAUUUAGAUUGCAGAUAGAAGAAAUGUUAAAUGAAAUUAAAGUUAAAGAAAAAUAUAAACGUUUAUUUGAUAUUUGGUUUAAAAAUUUUAAGAAAAAUAUUGAAUCCAUAAAAGAAACAAAAGAAUAUAAAAUUUCAGAUCAAGAAUUGAAAAACAAAUUAAAUAUGCAUAUUCCAAUGCCAAAGGUACCAGAGGAAACAAAAGGAAUAUUUAAAUUUCUUAAGCCAUCGGAUAUUGCUAUUAUAGGAUCUUAUAUGUUUGAUGCUGCAAUUAGUCCAAAUUUCACUGUAGAUAUAAUGAUUGAAAUGCCAGCCAAAAUGUUUCAAAAACAAGACUAUCAAAAUUAUAGAUAUAUGAAAAAAAAAGCAAUAUAUUUGGCAUUCAUAGCAUUUAAUAUUACUGAUGAUAUUGCUGAAAGCAAAACAUUUAUGAAUGAUAGUUUAAGACCAUUUUUAAAAAUUGUACCAAAUGGAAAAUUAGGCACUAAAAUGAAUGUAUUUAUACAUAUAUCAGCUCAAGAAGGAAGUUUUAAAUUAAGUAGAUUUUUACCAGAAAAAAAUAAUGUUAGAUCUGAAUGGUUUUUUAAUGAGGAAAAAAUUACAGAAGAUUUACUUCCAACACCAUAUUACAAUUCUAUUAUUCUUCAUGAUUUAACUAUGAAAAUUCAUGCAGAAAAUAUGAAAAUAAUAAAAGAAUAUCCAAAUUUAAGAGAUGGCAUUAUUUUAUUGAAGAUAUGGUUGAUUCAACGUGGAUUAUCAAAAGGUUGUACAGCUUUUAAUGGAUAUGUAAUAACAAUGUUUAUUCUGUAUUUAUUAUCCAUAAAAAAGUUAAACACAUUUAUGAGUAGUUAUCAAAUAAUAAGGAAUGCAUGGAAUUAUUUAGUACAAGUUGAUUGGUGUGAAUCUGGAGUAACUGUGAAUCAAAAUGAAGAUAGUAAAAAUAGAAUUUUUAGCUAUCAUAAAUAUUAUGACUGUGUAUUUUUGGAUAGCACUGGUUAUUAUAAUAUUACUACACAUAUAUUUAAAUCUACAUAUAAAUGGAUACAAAAAGAAGCACAACUUUCUUUAAAUCAUUUGGAUAGUGCACAUGCAAAUAGUUUUCAAUCACUUUUUAUGAGAAAAGUACCAUUUUAUAUGGCAUUUGAUCAUUUUAUAUGGUUUGAGGAUCCACAAAUAUUAAAAAAUAUAGUAAGUGCUAAUUCAAGUAAUAAGGAUAAAUUAAAUUAUGGUCCAAAUUAUCGAAUCCAAAUAAUAAAAAUACUUUACAAUAUUUUUGAAAAAGGAUUGGCAAAUAGAAUCCAUCAAAUUUGUAUUUUACCAAAAGAAAUUUCAGAAUGGGAAUUUACAGAGGAUAAUUGCGACAAUAUUGGGAAGAUUUUUUUUGGAUUGGAAUUAAAUCCAGAACACUGUUUUAAUAUUGUUACUAAAGGCCCUGAAGCAAAUUUACCAGAAGCAAUUGAAUUUCGAAAAUUUUGGAACAAAAAAUCAGAAUUACGACGAUUUCAAGAUGGAACUAUUCGAGAAGCAGUAAUUUGGUCAAAAGGCAAAACAUUAUCAGGAAAAAGAAUAAUAUGUAAAAAAAUUAUAAGUUUUUUAUUAACAAAAAAAUUAGGUUUUCCUAAAAAUAAAUUUACAUACAUUGCUGAUCAAAUAGAGGAACUUAUAAAAUUGCAAAAGGUCAAAAUAACGCAUUUUGUUUAUGGAACGGGAGAAGAAGCAGCUCUAAAAGCAAUAAAUGUAUUUAAUCGUUUUGAAAAAGAUUUGAUGUCUCUUACAGACCUUCCCUUGUCAAUACAUGGGGUUCAAGGUUCUAGCGCGGUUUUUAGGUAUACAGAUGUUUUUCCACCACUUGCAACAGUUUAUCGGCCUACUAAACAAUUUAAAAAAAUUAAAAAUUGUUUAAUAUUGUCUAAAAAUGUAACAAUAGCACCUAGAUAUGUUAGUCCACUUGAAGUGAGUUUGCAAUUAUCAACUAGUGGAAAAUGGCCAGAUGAAUUGGAAGCUUUUAGAAAAACAAAAGCUGCUUUUCACAUACAAAUAGCAGAAUGUCUUAGAAAACAAUUUAUGUUAAAAACAAAUGCAAAUUUUUCGCAUAUCGAUGUAUAUAAGGACGGAUUUGUAUUUCGAUUAAGAAUAUCGCAUCAAAAAGAAAUUAGUUGCUUGAAACAAGUAACUGAAAAUGGAGUUAUACAAUAUAAAGAUAAUGAAGAAUCGAUAGAAUUAGAAAAUAAAUUAUUUGAAUUACCGAAGCUAACUAGUGCUCUGCAUGGAUUACAUAUUCAACAACCAUCCUUUGGAGCUGCUUGUUGUUUAACGAAACGUUGGUUAUCUGCUCAGCUAUUGGAUGAUUCUCAUAUACCAGAUAUAGUAGUUGAACUACUUGUAGCUUCAAUAUAUUUAAUACCUACUCCAUAUAGAUCUUCUCAAACACCUCAAGUAAGAUUUUUAAGAGUCUUAGAAAUGUUUGCUAGAGGUCAUUGGAAUACAGAUCCUAUUAUUGUAAAUUUCAAUGAUGAAAUGUCUAAAGAAGAUAUAAUAGCAGUGGAAACUCUUUUUGGAUCAUCUCGUAAUUCUUUACCACCAUUAUUUAUUUCUACUCCUUAUGAUCAACAAAGAUCAUUGUGGACUAAAAAAGCACCAUCUACUUUAGUCUUAAAUCGUAUUACAAUGCUAGCUAAACAAUCUAUAAAGUUAUAUGAAAUUCAAUUUUUUACAAAAGUUCUUUUAGAUUUUAAACCAUUAUUUAGACCACCACUUACAGAAUAUGAUUGUUUGAUAUAUUUAAAACCACAUAUGAUUCCUAGAAGACUACAAGCAGUUGAUAUCAAUGAUGCACAUCCUAUUAUUGAAUGGCAUCCAUAUAAACGACAUUCAGCUCAAAAGAUUCCAGUUGUAGGAUUUGAUCCUGUGCAGUAUUUUUUAAAAGAUCUUAGAAAUGGUUAUGAUGAAUUUGCCUUAUUUUUUCAUGAUACUUAUGGUGGUAAUGUAAUUGGAGUUUUAUUAAAACCUUCUGCAUUAGAAAUUAAGGAUUUUAAGAUAUCAAAUAUUAAUGGCCGAAAAUGUAAUAAUAAUAAUCAAUUAGUUUUAAAUAUUUCGGCAAUGAUUCAAGACUUUUAUGCUCUUGGAAAGGAUCUCGUAGAAGCUAUAGAUAUGCAAUCAAAAAAAUUUUCUUUAACUUAAUAUUUUUUGUUAAAAAAUUAAAAAAAAAAUAUGUUUCAUAGUAUAAGCAAAUUUAUAAUGUAAAUUUUAAAUCGUAACCUUUUUUAUGUAUAU